CUUUUUCUUUUCUCCUUUGAGCUCUGAUGCUCCUCCUCGCUCGCCUUCCGCCCAUGUUCACGUCCCGGUCCCAGCAAUAGCUACCCCGCCAAAAGAGAUUCUGUGGUAUGCUCUUUUUCGAUCUUGAAGUAUUACGGUACAUUUUUAAAACCGAUACUCUUAUAUUACGAACGAGGUCAUGAACCGAAAAAUGUGUGCCAAAAAACUUGUUUAACUUUUCGACUAAUCCCAAUGCAUGUAACCCUAUAGGACUGCAGAUGAGUGUAGAGUGUUAUAUUUUAUCCACUAGAGUUUCUUAGGGGAAUGCGUCAGAAAGUCUAAGCCGUUAACAACGGCAUGUUUUUCCUUCUUUGCUCAUUAACACCAACUUGCAAGUUACACGAGUGAUAAUGUGAUGUCUCAAAAAAAAACCUUCAAUAUCAGAUUCGGUAACUUAUAAUUGUUUUGAACAAGAAUUAUGUUUUUGUCGGCACAACCAUUUUUUUUUUCCGAUAUCAACAAAUGUCAUCCCGCGUGACGUCACAUCACGUAAACAUACCCUAGUAGACAAGGCUUUCCGCAUCGUGCGUAUCGUCUAUACACAACCGCCUAUCAAAUAUCACGGAGGGUUAAUUAGGCUUGAGGUUAUUAGGGAGGUUUGAGUGACUAACUGACUUUAUCCAAUACCCCGUGCAACGAUGCUCAGUGUAACCUAGAUCACAAUUAUCAUUUACGGGUUCUAAUAAACAAAAUUGGACGAAUCUGACAAAAGAAUUGAGGAACCUUUAGGUGGAUAAUUAACCAUAUUAUUAUUUGCUUGUUUAUUGCAACGCGUCAAUAGUAAGCAUGAUUGGUGAUGCCCGCGGAAACUCGAUUACGCAACGUGCAUGUCAGCCUCUUAGAGGAUUCUCUUGUUGUCCUGAUCCUGUUGUUUUUUGUGUAUUUCCGCAGUGGCUUCUAGUCGUACCGCACUUGAAUCAUGUAUUAGAAUGGGAUGGUAUACUUUGUCACAAAUUUCGGGCAACGGCUGCUUUGUUUAGGCUUUCUAGAAAAUUGAAAACGAAGCUAAACCUGUAAAAAAGAAAAGAAAAAUAGAGCAACCUUUUCGUUCAGAAUGCAUUAUAAGUCACCUUAGUGGGAAGUGAAUGUUUCAUUAACGAUUUUGCUAUACUUGCGGAUGUUGUCGUUUCCAUCUAGCCCCGCAGCAGAGAUAAUCUACGUUCACAUUGGCAUCGUGUCGUGGAAUCUCAGAACCCAUCUGAGGUUUGUUUUGCUAAGGAAGGCGAAUGUUUGGUGUUUGCUAUUCCAAAAAGGCUCAAUGGAUUUCAUCUUAAAUCUAAAAAAUCCUAAUUUAGAACAACAUGGCCUUUUCUCAAUGCGUGGGUUGAUGCCUCAGAUAUUUGGCUUUAAUCAAACCAUACCGCAACGCUAGGUAAUCAUUCCCAAUAAUCAGAAAGACUCUACUUGCAUCGUAUGCGAGGUCCAAACAUAUAAUGAUCACUUGAUUGAUUAUGAGUUAUCCUUCCUUUAUUUUAUUUUUUCCUACUGCCGACGUGCGUGACUACAUACAGCAGUAACUCCAGUGACAGCCAGACUUGUUUAUUUCCAGUCAAAAGAUUGACCAUGCGUGGUUAUUCCUGCAGAGACCUGUUCGUCUCUUAAUCGAUUGGGUGAUGUUGCACACUUGGAAUGCACUCCAUUCUGCUUGUUUCAGUCCAAAAUACUACAUACCAAGUUCGAAUCUCUUGAACCUUAUUACCCACGUACGUCAUGGCGGCCCGAGUGGGGCGAGAUCUUCAUUAGUUACUCAUUUCCUCCAUUUCCGUCUCCCUUGGACCAGAUUGAAUUUGUGCCGACCAAUCGGCACCCUCUGGCCUUUCGAUCUUAUUUGCUGUUGGUGUUGUACCGCAUUUACACACGGCAACAUGUCGUGCAGAAAGACGUCAAUUUGGUUCUGGCCGUCUGUUCAUUUUGCUACCUCUUUUCCCCCUCAGUCCAUCAUUCGCUUUCUGUUUCUAUUGCUAAGAAGGAUUGUAAAACUGAAUUCCGUCCCAGAGCGCUAGGGUUUCUGCUGGCCAAUAAAUAAUGGUUGCUAAAUCUGAUAAUCCUUCCCGACCUUUUCACGGUUCACAAUGCCCGAUCGUCAUAGUGAGUGACAAAUACUGAAUUACAGACCAGAAAUUGUGCUGGGGUUAUUUUUAUGUUCUCGUGAUGGCUAGUUCGCGUUCACAAUUCAAUUAAGGGAGAUCGACGUUGCGAAACAAACGCACGUAUAGAAAAUAGGAUAUGUGGCCAUUAUUAUUUAAUCAGAUCUAUAGCUUUAGUGGGGGAAAAAAAAUGUACCUUUAUGUAUACUAACAUAAUGAAGUAUUAACAAUAUGGUGUUUUAAAAUAAGCCCUGUCUUUAUUUCUCUCUUUUCAAUUAAAUUACAUUUGUUCCAGGAUAUUGAAACAUCUUUUGGGCAUCUUCUUACCAAGAAAGAAUGCCUAAACACUUUUAUGGAAUGCGUAGAAAAGCUUUUUAUCAUCAUGAUUAGUCAUCCGUAGAAUAAUGUUUACGGACUGUAGAAACUUGGUUAUUGAAAUAGGAAAAAUGAAGAAACCAAGGUUAGCUUGGUUUAUUUAUUGUCUUAUUAUUUUUGUGAGCAUAUGUUUAUUUGUUUUUUUUUUUUUCGUAAAUUUCAUUUCUACUUCUGCCUGGAUUUGGAAAUGUUUCAGUCGCUACAGUUUUUUCGUCUAAUUUUAAAAAAGCUAGAAAAGUGUUUCAGUGUUUUGUGAUUGACAUUAGCAUUAGCACAUUAGCAUUUUAGUUUACUAUAGCUGAAAAUCUUCUGUUGUUGCACGAGAAUCGUUUUUUUUUGUUAUCCAAUGAAAUAGGGGAUUCGUAUUUAACCGCCGUUUUUUUUAAAGGAUAACGAUAUCAAAACAGACACGAGUGCCACCUGGGAUGUUUACAUUGUACUAUGGUAGCGAAACGCGUGAGAGGAGGCGGUGAGCUUAAAAAAGGAAGAAAAAGGAAAAAAAAAAUAUAAAAUGAAUGAAUUUCGAACAAUCUAGCAAUGAAAAUACAUCGUUAAAAAAACACUUGUCAGUCAAACGGUGUAAAAAUUUUCUACAAAUACAAAGCCAAAGCAUUCCCACCGGUUUAAGUGUGACGUCACAAAGGCGGGAGAAUUCAGUUUGGCGCCUUUCUGUAUUAAUUGAUAAGAAGUCGAUUCUUCAAAAUAGGCCCACUGUUUUUGAUAUUGGGUUUCAGUCAUACACGAAUAAUUGUUGUGGAUAUACUUUUCUGGUCACAGAUAUAAUACUCGUUGAUAUUCAUUGUAAAACUUUUCCCGCCAAAAGGUGACACAGGCAAACAUUUUCAAACCUGCCUUGAGGCUAAGGCAGCUGAUUCCCCCAAGUCUAGUGGCGCCUCCAUCACCGACAAUAUACACAAACGGGGCUGCUUUGGAGAGGGGAGAAAAGAAUUCCACUCCCUCGAUCUCUACUCUCUUGCUACCCCUCCUGGGUUUUAUUCGCUUUUUUCUUCAACUAUUGAACAAUUGUUAAUUUUAUUCGAAGCUUUUGUCAAUCAAUUUUGAUUCUUGAAGUGUUUUUAAAUUGACUCUAAAACUUCGCCCCAAAAAACCGCUUCUGGUUCGUCGGGCCAGAAAAAUUCCGUUUUGGCGAAAAACUCGACUUGUGGGGGGGGCUUCUCUUAACUGCUGUUAAGCGUUGUCUUUAACCAUUGUUGUAACAGCAGCCUGGAAUGGGAGUUCUGUUGGACUUUUAAAAAAAAAGCUGUAAUGAAUGGAUGUUAAAAUGCCAAGAAAAACACCUCUCAAAUCACAGAUCAAGAGUGGUAGACCAUCUCUUGGAACUGUGGAAAAUGAACUUAGUCCUGCUGAACUUGUUACAACUCAGUACUUAUCUGGAGGUCUAGGUAGCCUCACGAAGAAGAUCAAGGUGGAAGAGAAGCAAGCACUAUCUACACCACAAUCUGCACCUCAUUCAUCUAAAAUGUGUGCUCCAAAAAUUGGUACUUUGGAAAACAAUACCACCACCCCCACUCUACCUCAAGGAGCUGCAGCAGAACGACAGCACCACUUACAAAAGAAGGAUGUUCGUAGGCGUUUGGACAUGGAGCUGGCUCCUGAUACACAAUCACCUCUCCCUAGUAGUACGACUUCUGAUGGUUUCAAAACCCCAAAAGCUAAACGUGCUAGGACAAAAUCAGUUGCUGCUACUGUGCCUACAUUAUCAUUCAGUCCUUCACCCCAGAGAAAUCGAAGCAAUGCUGUAGAUAGAAGCAGAUUUGAUUCUUCAUUAGGCUUAUUGACCAAGCGAUUCCUGGGUCUUCUACAAAGUGCUGAAAAUGGAAUUCUAGACUUGAAUCUAGCAUCUGUGACACUUGCUGUACAGAAAAGACGCAUAUAUGAUAUCACAAAUGUUUUGGAAGGCAUUGGUCUAUUGAAAAAGAUAUCCAAGAACAACAUUCAGUGGAAAGGUUCGGACUCGCCUGCAGACUCAGCCGAAUCUCAACGAGGACUCAACCAAGAUUUGAACGACUUGGAAGCUAAGGAAAAUCAACUUGAUAAACUUAUUUCUUCCACUGAGGGCCAGCUCCGAAGUUUGAGUGAAGAUAAACGAUACGCCUAUGUUACGUACGGUGAUCUAAAAUCCAUUGCAGAGUAUCGAAACCAAACUGUGAUGGCAGUCAGAGCACCACCUGAAACAAAAUUACAAGUACCUUAUCCGUCUGAAGGAUACCAAAUUUAUAUGAAAAGUGAACAUGGUGAAAUUGAAGUUCUUCUGUGCCCCGAAGACGAAUCGUCUUCUUCUUCAUCGUCAUCUCCGUCUUCAAGAGAAUCCAGUGGAUUUUCUAGCCCGGUUACAAACGGAACGAUGAGAAGUCGAUCUCAUCGACCUAACAAAACCAGUCAAUUCAUGACCCAGUUCAUUGAUGAGGAAGAUCAAGGUUUGUUACUGGAAACCAUGGACCAAAAUCAACAGUCGGGUUGCGAUGCCGGGCUCGACAUUUCCUCAAUGGCAAUCCCAACGGCUAACGAGCCGUUUGUCUGCUUGGAACCUCCUCUUGACGAGUCGGCCUACAUGUUCACGAUGGACGACGGCGAGGGCAUUUCCAAUCUUUUCGAUUUUUCAUUUUAAAAUCAUAGAUUAUCCGUUUACCACAGAAGUUGCACCCAACUAAACUAUUGAUGGAAAUCAAACUCCAUCAGCCACACGGAGUUUGUUCGGGGUAGGGUUCCGAGAAGUUCAUUAACGAUUUGUAUCAUGUUCAUUCUCAUACUCCUUCGCUCCCUCGUGGUCGUUUUUUUUUUUUUUUUUAUUUAAAGUGCUACAUAUUCAAAUAUGCGCCAUUCAGUCAGUAUUUUUUCAUCAAUUUUAUCCUAGAGCUGAUGCGCGUUUGCCAUCCAACGUUUACCUUACCCCGGCUCAUUUCCUACUCAUAGCUCACCAUCACUGAAGUUAUUUUGAAAUCGCAAAGGCCUGUGAAGUAUACCACCUUCUCGAGUCACAGUUGACUUUGGAAGAUUCUUUUAGUUUGUCGAUUAAGUAGAAUUUCUAUGAGUGCAAAUCGAACCCCGAUUUAUUCCCUCAUCCACCUUCAUAAUAUGCUCUUUAAAUAUUGCAAGGCGACUUGCAACAAUCAGUUGGGUACGUUCCCUUUUUUUCACAUGUUCUUUUUAUAUUUUGUUGUCUACGAGUCCCAUGCGUAUUGAUGCCGCAGUAGCGCCUCGAUUAUCCGCAAUAAGGUAUUUGUAGCCUUUUUUUUUCUCUCUUCAAAAAAGUUUAGUUGUUCGGUUGAACUGCCAUUUUGUGCCGAUGAUUUUACCGUGAUGGUUAUCAUGGAGCUGUACUGUGUUUGUGAAAAUGUGUGUGUGUGUGUCCGUGAGCCGAUUGUUUCCCGCUACGUUUGAACGUAGCGGAAUUUAUUACGCUUUCACGUUUUCCCCGUGUUUCGGCUCAAAUGAAUUUUUUUCCCUUCGCUAUCUCUUUUCCCCCUCUUUUUGUGGAAUACAGUUUUACACUUCA